ACAUGAGCUGUCAUUGACAUUUCUAUUUAAACGUCAAAAUAAUAGGCGUUUUUGUUGCAAUUAUCAAGACUACAGAUUCUAUAAUUUGUUUAAUUGUUAAUCAUUUCUUGGUAAUUUGUAAAAUAUAAACGGUUAAAAUGACCGACUCAAAAUAUUUUACAACUACUAAAAAAGGAGAGAUCUUUGAAUUAAAAUCUGAACUCAAUAAUGACAAAAAGGAAAAGAAAAAGGAGGCUGUUAAAAAGGUUAUUGCUUCUAUGACAGUUGGAAAAGAUGUUUCAGCAUUGUUUCCUGAUGUUGUUAAUUGUAUGCAGACAGAUAAUUUGGAGCUCAAAAAGUUGGUUUAUUUAUAUUUGAUGAAUUAUGCGAAAUCUCAACCUGACAUGGCUAUUAUGGCAGUGAAUACAUUUGUUAAAGAUUGUGAAGAUCCCAAUCCUCUUAUUAGAGCACUUGCUGUUAGAACCAUGGGUUGCAUCAGAGUAGAUAAAAUAACUGAAUACUUGUGUGAACCUUUAAGAAAGUGCUUGAAAGAUGAAGAUCCAUAUGUUAGAAAAACUGCAGCUGUUUGUGUAGCCAAGUUAUAUGAUAUCUCCUCAGGUUUAGUUGAAGAUCAAGGAUUUCUGGAACAACUAAAAGAAUUAUUGAGCGAUUCCAAUCCCAUGGUAGUAGCAAAUGCUGUUGCGGCUUUAUCUGAAAUAAAUGAAAGUAGUCCUACUGGACAGCCACUUGUUGAACUAAGUACUAACACCAUAAACAAGCUCCUAACUGCUUUAAACGAAUGCACUGAAUGGGGCCAAGUUUUCAUUCUGGAUUCGUUGUCCAAUUAUACUCCAAGAGACGACCGUGAGGCUCAAAGUAUAUGUGAACGAAUUACGCCUCGUCUUGCUCAUGCUAAUGCUGCUGUAGUCUUAUCAGCUGUAAAAGUUUUGAUCAAAAUGAUGGAAAUUUUAGCAGGCGAUACAGAAUUUUGCAAUACACUGAGCAAAAAGUUAGCGCCUCCUUUGGUCACUUUAUUGAGUUCAGAGCCUGAAGUACAGUAUGUAGCAUUGAGGAAUAUUAAUUUAAUUGUGCAAAAGAAGCCCGAUAUCCUAAAGCAUGAGAUGAAAGUAUUUUUUGUGAAAUAUAAUGAUCCAAUCUACGUAAAACUAGAAAAACUUGAUAUAAUGAUCCGUUUAGCAUCCCAAGUCAACAUAGCUCAAGUGCUUAGUGAACUUAAAGAGUAUGCUACUGAAGUUGAUGUGGACUUUGUAAGAAAAGCUGUUAGAGCCAUCGGUAGAUGUGCAAUCAAAGUUGAACCUUCUGCAGAAAGGUGUGUUGCCACAUUAUUGGACCUUAUUCAGACAAAAGUCAACUAUGUCGUUCAGGAAGCCAUUGUGGUGAUUAAGGAUAUUUUCAGGAAAUAUCCAAACAAAUAUGAAAGUAUUAUCAGUACAUUAUGCGAAAAUUUGGAUACUCUUGAUGAACCAGAAGCCAGGGCUAGCAUGGUGUGGAUUAUAGGAGAGUACGCAGAGAGAAUCGAUAAUGCUGACGAACUUUUGGAUAGUUUUCUGGAAGGUUUUGGCGAUGAGAAUGCUCAAGUACAACUUCAAUUGUUGACUGCUGUAGUGAAAUUAUUCUUGAAACGACCUCAACACACUCAGGGCUUAGUUCAGCACGUACUAAGUUUAGCAACUCAAGAUUCUGAUAAUCCCGAUUUGAGAGACAGAGGUUUUAUCUAUUGGAGAUUAUUAAGUACCGAUCCUGCUGCAGCUAAGGAAGUGGUGCUUGCAGACAAGCCCCUCAUUUCCGAAGAAACGGAUCUCUUAGAACCGACCCUUCUUGAUGAACUGAUUUGUCACAUAUCAUCGCUGGCUAGCGUUUAUCACAAGCCACCCACAGCAUUUGUAGAAGGUAGAAGUGCUGGAAUACGAAAAACAUUGCCAGCUAGACAAGGUUCUGCAGAUGAUAGUGCUAGCGCUCCGGAGACCACUGUCAUACCGAACCAAGAAAGUCUGAUUGGAGAUUUACUUUCUAUGGAUCUUAACGCUCCUGCACCCUCCAUGGCGGCUCCGGCCGCUGCGCCAACCAGUAAUGUCGACCUUCUUGGUGGUGGCUUAGAUGUAUUGUUGGGAGGAGGAAAUGAUAUCAGUGGUGUUCCCACCACCGCAGCUGCGCCGACAACCACAGGUCUCCUGGGCGAUAUCUUCGGAAUACCUUCCGCCCCUACCAUGUACACUCCUCCCAAAAUUCUUUGGUUGCCUGCUGAAAAAGGCAAGGGAUUGGAAAUUCAAGGUACUUUCUCCAGAAGAUCUGGACAGAUGUCGAUGGAUAUGACUUUAACAAACAAGGCCAUGCAGGCAAUGACAGGUUUUGCUAUCCAGUUCAACAAAAACAGCUUCGGUAUCAUGCCCCACGCUCCAUUUAGCGCUCCUCCAUUACAACCAGGACAAAGUCUCGAAUAUUCUAUGCCCUUGAACACCACAGGUCCAGUGCAACGCAUGGAUCCAUUGACCACUCUUCAAGUGGCAAUUAAGAAUAACGUUGACGUUUUUUACUACGCCUGUCAAAUUCCAAUUCAAGUACUAUUUUCUGAAGAUGGAACAUUGGAUAAAAGAGUAUUCCUUACCACUUGGAGGGACAUUCCUGGAGCCAACGAGGUCCAGUAUACUCUUAAUGACGUAAAAGGCAAUACUGACACAGUCUCCAACAAAAUGACCCUCAACAACAUUUUCACUAUUGCCAAACGUAACGUGGAAGGCCAAGAUAUGCUGUAUCAAUCUCUUAAAUUGACAAAUAAUAUUUGGGUCCUGCUUGAACUCAAAUUGCAACCAGGCGUUCCAACGGCCACUUUGAGUUUGAAGUCGAGGUCCGUAGAAGUUGCUCCAUACGUAUUUCAAGCUUAUGAAUCUAUCUUAAAGAAUUAAAUUUAUUUUUAAGAUAUAAAUCAACUAGAAAUUAUAUAUUUUAUUCACUCAUUUAUUUCAUUCCAAAUGUAAUUGUAUUUUUAAGUUUUAAGUGAUAUUGCUGUUAAACUAUAUAUUAUCUAGAAUAAAAAGUAUGUUAACCUGUG